CUGUCAGCGCCUCAAAGCCGCCAGAGCAGAGGAGGGAGGACGAGCGAGCGGCACGCGAGUGGGGACGCAGUCCGGAUGGUUAAAUCGAACCUACAGACGAUUUUGAAUAGUCACUGUUUUGCGAGAGAAAAAGAAAGACACUUAUCCGAGAUGCCCGUCAUCGAACAGACCAGUAAUAAACCGGAAAGUGAAAAAAGUAUCUCCAAUCCCCGGAGGUGCUCCCGCUGUUGCAGUAACCCGUGUCCGGGGCCUCUGUGGUGCUCCGAUGCCCCUCACCCACCCCUGAAGAUCCCAGGUGGGCGAGGGAAUGACCAGCGGGAUCGCAAUCUUUCAGCUAAGCUAUUCUAUUCCGAUGCUCAGUUGCUGGUUCUUGAGGAGCCCGCUCCCGCCAACAGCAGAGUGCGCUUCCUGCUCUUUGAGCCGCGCUUCUCCGAAGGCAAGAAGUGCGUUUGGAGGGCAGCACUCAAAGCGGAAAACCUGUACAUUGAAAUCCCCCCCGGAGCUUUGCCCGAGGGCAGCAAAGACAGUUUUGCUCUCGUGCUGGAGUUCGCCGAGGAGCAGCUGCAGGGCGAGCACGUGUUCAUCUGUUUCCACAAGAGCCGCGACGAUCGAGCAUCCCUGCUGCGCACAUUCAGUUUCCUGGGCUUUGAGAUUGUGAGACCGGGCCAUCCCCUCGUCCCCGCCCGUCCCGACGCUUUCUUCAUGGCUUACAGCAUCGAGCGAGACUCCUCCGACGACGACUAAAACGAGCGGUCGAGCACCUUCCUUUCUCAUCCACCUCAAUGUAUUGUAAUCAAAGAGGGCAUAUAGGUCUCAAUUUAGUCACCCGCAUAACAGCAUUUUACUUCCUUUGACGUCUAGUGAUAACUUCCUGUUCAACCCCCAUCAUCAUCCGCACAGGCUGAUAUUUAUGAUUAAAUUUUAAUUCAUUGUACUCCCCCAGGUAGAUUUGUUUUCAUAGUAAUUGUGAGUUGAUUCUCCUGUUUAUAUAGAUUUUUGUUGUUUUCUAUGUGUGCAUGAUUUUCAUUUGAUCCUCUGAUUCACUUGAUAGAAAUCUGCAUGUUGAAACUGAACCAAUUAAAGUUAUCACUUCAUACUCA